CACCCAUUGGAACCAGAUUAUGCCUUUUAUUUCAUUGAUAAUUUUGAAAAUUAUUUUCUAAUUUCAUUUUUUUUUCCUUUUCUUUUUCUUUUUAUUAUUAUUAUUAUUGUUCCGUUUUGUUUAAUCCUAAUCCUCUUAUAUAAUAAUCUUCAUCAUGAUUACCUUGUCUUUAUUUUAUGUAUAAUAAUAUUCAUUUAUUUGUGAUUAUUUAAAUAUCUCGACCUUUAAGUGUAACAUUUUAUUGUUUAUUGUUUCAUCGAGUGUAAAUAUUAUCUUAUCAUAUUCAAGUCUAUUCAAUUUAUACAAUAUAAUGAUUAGUAACUAGUGAUUCAUUCAUCAUAUUUGUCCGUAAUUAACAUACACAGAAAUAUAUAAAUGGUGAUUCUAAUUUGUUCUGAUCGUGAUAAAUACCAAUUGUAGCCUGUAAUUAAUUGUAAUCAACUUUUACCUUUAAUCUAAUUGUCUCUCUCUCUCUCUCUCUCUGUGUCUCAUCAAAAUCUCUAUUAAUACACUAAUCUGGAUAUAGAUUUUGUUUGUAGAUUGAAAUGAUUAUCAAAGAAUAUCGAGUUACACUUCCAUUAACUGUUGAAGAGUAUCAAAUAGGACAAUUGUAUUCGGUGGCUGAGGCGAGUAAAAAUGAGACCGGAGGUGGAGAGGGAGUCGAAGUGAUUAAGAAUGAACCAUUUCAAGAUCAUCCACUUUUGGGAGGUAAAUUUACCAAAGGACAAUACACUUAUAAGAUUUAUCAUUUAGCAAGUAAGGUACCACCUUUUGUCCGUUAUCUGGCACCUAAAGGGUCACUUGAGAUCCACGAAGAGGCUUGGAAUGCAUAUCCAUAUUGUAAAACUGUUAUAACGAAUCCUGAUUAUAUGAAAAAUAAUUUUUUCAUUUGCAUUGAAACGAUGCAUGUUCCUGAUAAUGGGUCAAAGAAAAAUGUUCACGAACUGACCAAUGAUAAACUGAAACAACGGGAAGUUGUUUUCAUCGAUAUUGCCAAUGAUUCUGUAGCACCAAAGGAUUUCAAGUCAGGUGAAGAUCCGAGUAAAUUUAAAUCACAGAAAACUGGUCGAGGUCCUUUAACUGGGGACUGGAGGCAAUCAGUUGAUCCAGUGAUGACUUGCUACAAAUUAGUUACAACUGAAUUUAAAUGGUUCGGUCUUCAGAAUAAAGUUGAACAUUUUAUUCAAAAGACUGAGAAAAGAAUAUUUUUAAAUUUCCAUCGACAAGUAUUCUGUUGGAUUGACCGUUGGCAUGGAAUGACCUUACAAGAUAUUCGAGAUUUAGAAGAGAAAACUAAAAAAGAAUUAGAUGAGUUACGAAAUAAAGGAUUAGUUCGAGGAUCUCAAAUUAGCGAAAAUGAAUAAAUUAAGUAACUCUAAUUAACUUUGACCAUGAAAUAUAAAGACAACGAUAAACUGACCUUUUACCCUGUUGACCCCACUUAGAGUAGAUACUCAUUGUUGCACAAUCAAAACAAAAAAAAAUUCGAAAAACAGUAAUUAGUUUAAUCUUGGAUAAAGACAAGAGAUGGAGAAAAGUUCUAAUCCUUGAAAUUAUCAACAAUUAAGGUGAAUCUUUUGAUAACUUUGAACAAAAGAAAGAUGAUAAAAACGAUAAUGACAUUUGAAGAUGAGGAUGAUAAAGAUAAUUAACAUAAGCACUGGCUAAGUCUGUUUCUCAUCAUCAUCAUCAUCUUCUUCCUUUGAUGAUGAUGAAGAAAGAGAAAGAAAAAAGUGAAAUCGAGUUACCAUGGAAACGAAUUUAUUUUUAGUUCUAUUCUCAUGUUUAGAUGAACAGGAAGCAGAAUUUCAUCAUGAUAGAAUCUUCUCUCUCAUCUCUUGUCAUCAUCAUCAUCAUUCUUAUCAUCCUGACGAUUCCUGAGGUAAUCAUCAGUUCUGAUUAGUUGAUUGCUUGAAAUGAGAACAAGUUAAAUUCUGACAAAGGGAAUGUUAAUCAAAUACUAUUUUCAAUUAUUUUCAACAAUUUAUUUUCUCUCUCUCUCUCUCUCUCUCUCUCUCUCUCUCUCUAUGAUUUGAAACAAUUAACUAAUCGAUUAACUAAUUACAAAAGUAAACGAGAGACAAAAAAUAUUUACCGUUAUAAUUAUUAUUAUAACAUUUUAAUCAAACUUUAAAACAUUUGAUUAAGUUUAUUGAAAGCACAACAAUUAACUAAUUACGCACAUCAAUUGAUUAAGAUUAAUCACUCAUGAUGCAAAUGAGAAAACAAACACAAUCUAAUUAAAUGACAAUUAUUUAACUACUAAUAAGGAAACAAAUAAUUUCAAUUAACUUUCUUUUCUCAAUCAAAUCAUUUAAUUAAUAUUAAAGUAAAUUGGAUAAUUUUUUGUGUCAACAAAACAAUUUUAGUUUUCCAAUCAAUUAUUAUUAAUAACAAUUACUGAUUAGUUUUCACCUGAAGCAAUCAGACAUCUUUACAAUUAAAAGUAUUCAACAAUUAAAUUUACUUACAUAAACUAAUCUGAUUAGUUGAUUUAAUUGAUUGUUUAAUCAAUUAAUAAACAACUAGAAAUCCGGAUCGUGCAAUAGUAAAAAACAAUAAUCAUAUAAUUAUAAUCAAUUCCCAGUUGAACUGGGAAUUGAUUUAAUUUGAUAACAAUUAGUAGUUAAAUUAGAUUAUGUUGAUUAGUAUUGUCUUCAUAUAAUAAAUUAGUAUUUCAUUUGAUUUGAUUUAGUUUGUCAACUUGUAAUUACAAUUAGUAUCAUGAUUAUUAUGUGUUUCAUAUAAUAAUUAUAAUUUAGUAUUUAUUUGAUUACUUAAUUAACGUUUUAAUCAUAACAAUCAACUGAAAUGGAUGAAAUUAAUUCUAGUCAAUUGUAAGAUUUACAUUUCAAUUAAAAUGAAAAUCUUAAUCAUUAAUCAAUCGCAUUUACCUUGAUUGUAUUAAUUAACUUUUAGUGUGUGUAAAUUUUUAGCUCUCUGUAUUUGUUUUAAUCAAGUUAAUUGUGUGUAAAUUAAUUAAUUGAUUAAAACACAAUUAAAAACCCAAAAAUCUGUUGGCUAAUUGUCAACUCGUGAGUUCUUGCUAAUAAUAAUUAUCAAUUUUAAUUAACAAUAUUAAUCAAGAUUUGUUGCCAUUAAAACCUAUUGAAUUUUAAUUGAGUUGAUUGUCAUUUCCAAUCACAAUUAACUUUCACUAGUAAAAUAUUGUAAAUAUUAAUUAAUUCAUGUUAUUAUUAUUUUCCUCAUUUAAUUGUGAACAAAUUCAAUUUAUUAUUAUUAUUAUUGUGCCUGAUUAAGUUUUCAAUUAAGUUAAUCAUUUUGUUUUUCUAUUAGAAUUAAAUUUAAUUUAAUUUAAUUUAAACAACUCGAUUAGUUGAUUAAGUUCAACAAUCAACAGCUUCAAAAUGAUCUCGUUCAAAAACUUGUAGCAAAAUUAUUUGCCAAUCAACUAAUUGAUUGACAAUUAUAAUAGAUUAUCCCUUAAUUAUUACCUAACAAUCAACAUCCAACAAUCCGUCCUCACUGAUCAACUAAUUAAUAGUUUCAUUGAUUACUAAUUAAUAUCCCGAUUACCUUAAUAUCCUAAUCCUAAUCAAUUUAAUGAUUGUAAAUAUUUUAAGCAUUAUUACAUAAAUGAGCUUCCAAAUCAUCAUCAUAAUAUUAAUUAAAAUAAAUCAAUUACAAUCUAAUUAAUCAGCUUAGUAAUUAGUUAAUCAAUUAGUUAAUUACCAACUAAUUUCAUCUUCAACUUCAAAAACAUUCCAAUUAUAAUAAUAGUAACCAUCUAAUAAUCAACUAAUCACUUCAAUUGUAAUCAAAUUUUACUCUUUGUCAAAAUUUCA